AUGAAAGGUGCGGCGCUAAUUCCUCUUGCGGCGGGCAUUCCUUUUGCCCAUGGCCUGUCUCUCCAUAAACGCGACGGGCCUGCCGUCGUUCGUAUGCCCAUUGAGCGCAGGAGCGCCCAGUCCUUGCAGAAACGAGAUUCUACGGUCGGUGUGACUUUGCAGAACUGGGAUGCGACCUAUUACGCAGUCAACCUGACGUUAGGAACACCUGCGCAAAAGGUAUCAUUAGCUUUGGACACUGGCAGCAGCGACCUCUGGGUGAACACCGGCAACUCAACUUACUGCUCAAUCGACAAUCUAUGCACCCCUUAUGGCUUGUACAAUGCCAGCGAAUCGUCUACUGUAAAGACCGUGGGCACACACCUCAACGAUACAUAUGCGGACGGCACAAACCUUUACGGUCCUUAUGUGACCGAUAAGCUCACGAUCGGCAACACAACAAUCGAUAAUAUGCAGUUUGGGAUCGCCGAGUCAACGACUAGUAAACGCGGGAUCGCCGGCGUCGGUUACAAGAUUUCGACCUACCAAGCCGAGCAUGACGACAAAGUCUACGCCAACCUCCCUCAGGCCCUCGUCGACAGCGGUGCCAUUAAGUCUGCUGCGUACAGCAUAUGGCUAGAUAGUUUGGAGGCGUCGACUGGCUCCCUCCUUUUCGGAGGUGUCAAUACAGCCAAGUACAAGGGCGAUCUGCAGACUCUUCCGAUCAUUCCUGUGUAUGGCAAAUACUACUCCCUCGCCAUCGCCCUUACGGAGCUCAGCGUUGCGACCGACUCCAACUCCAGUAGCUUCACCGACAGUCUCCCCCUCUCUGUGUCACUCGAUACUGGCACCACCAUGACGGCACUGCCCAGCGACCUGGUCAACAAGGUCUACGAUGCGCUCAACGCAACCUACGACAAGACAUACGACAUGGCCUACAUCGACUGCGACACUAGAGAGGCGGAUUACAAUGUAACAUACAGUUUCUCCGGGGCAACGAUCACCGUGAGCAUGAGUGAGCUGAUUAUCCCCGCAACGGAGCCGGGGUGGCCCGACAACACGUGUGUCUUGGGCCUCGUGCCUAGCCAGCCGGGCGUGAACCUGCUCGGUGAUACAUUCCUGCGCAGUGCGUACGUCGUGUAUGAUCUCGAGAACAACGAAAUCUCUCUCGCCAAUACCAAUUUCAAUCCAGGCGACGAUGAUAUCCUCGAAAUCGGAACGGGAACGUCUGCUGUGCCAGGAGCCACACCGGUUCCCUCUGCUGUCUCUUCUGCAACUGGAAAUGGACUGAUCUCGUCUGGCACCGCAGUGCCCACGCUGUCGGGUGUCACAAUAACUGCUACAGCCACAGCAACCGGCUCAACCGGCACUGGCUCUAGCGGUGGUUCGUCGGCUGAAGCCACGAGUACUUCCUCGGAGGGCGCUGCGGCGCAAGCUACGAGCAACCCGAUGAACCUGCUCCCAGGACUUGCGGGUAUCGGCCUACUUCUCGCUCUGUAA